AUGUCGAGUACUGACAUGUGGGCGGACUUCGAGACUAUACGGCACAACGUCAAACAUAACACUGUUGAACGCCUGAAACAAAUUAUACUGACCUUCAACGAACAAUGUGGCACUAGCUUCACUAAGACUGGCAAGAAGCAAGAACUCAUCGACCGGAUCACGCGAGAGCUAGACCUCUGGCGACGGACGGGCAACGUAGAUAGGUGGCUGAAGGCUAAGACGAUUCUGAGCCAGGCUCGCAGUAUGUACACCACUUACGUUCCUCAGCCGAGUUCUUAUGGCAUACCACCGCAACCACACUAUGGCACGUCUACAUCCUCUCACUAUCAGGCCCGCCCACUAGGAACUAGCUCAAUGUCAACCUACGAUCCUUACGCCGUAUCACGAAGACCGGGGAUGCCCGCCUCUCCCUCCGCUGCUCCUUCGAGCUCUACUACCCCUGGUGCGUCUUUUUGCAUACAAUUCAAACAUUCCCCUUUCUUCCGCAUUGAGCGUAUCAUCUCAUCCGUCGUUGAGUGCCCUGAAUCAAGCAGCCAGAUGGAUCGUAGACAGCAAUCUGUGUCAUUCUACAUAACCAACGAUAUUAUACAGAAACUUGAUUCUAAGAGCCCUAAAUACCAGCUUCGAUUGUACUGCACGUCGUCCACCUACUACUCACUUACUCCUUCGUAUCGACCCAACUUGGGGCCAUGUCCCGUUGAGUUUCCUCCGACAUGCGAAGUCCGCGUGAACAACACUGUCCUGAACGCAAAUCUCAAGGGCAUGAAGAAGAAACCCGGCACUGCCCCCCCUCCAGACCUUGGCAAGCUCUUGAAGUUUUCCACAGCCGUUUCCAAUCGGGUGGAGAUCAUCUAUGUAAAUAGCCAGACUCCUGUUCCCUCCAAGAAAUAUUACCUCUGUGCAGCUCUUGUCGAGGUUACCACCGUCGAGCAACUCAUCGACCGUUUGAGGAAGGGUAAGUACAGGAGCAGUAGUGAGAUUCUGACCAAAAUGAUUCAACAGGCUUCUUUGGAUGAAGACAUUGUGGCCGGGUCGCAAAAGAUGUCUCUGAAGUGUCCACUUAGUUACAUGCGUAUUGCCACCCCGACUCGGUCAGCACACUGCGUUCAUUCACAGUGCUUUGAUGCAUAUUCGUGGUAUUCGAUGAUGGAACAGACCACGACGUGGCUGUGUCCAGUUUGUGAGAAGAUCCUCAACACGGAGGAUCUAAUAGUUGACGGUUAUUUCGACGAGAUCCUCAAGGAAACUCAUGAGGAUGUCGAGGAUGUCAUUGUGGAAGCGGACGGACAGUGGCACACCAUGGACAACAAGUACGGGUCCGUGUCCUGGAAGGCGGUGCAUCCUCCGGUCAAGGACCCAACUCAUUCGUCACCUCCGACUCCCGUGAAGAAGAGGUCUCCCACUCCAGUAGUAGGAUUGGUUGAUGGUGACGGGCCAUUGAAGUCCGGACCGAGUAAUGCGGAGAUCGUUAUCCUGGAUUCCGACGACGAAGAUGAAGGUCAGGUCAAACGAGAGUUAUCCCCGUCUGCGUACCGAUCGCUCAACACGUCCUCAGCGAGCAUCGGGAGCCUGCCGCCGCGCUCUCAGACGGUGGAAUCAGACAUUAUCGACCUGACCUUGGACACGGACGAUGAGGACACCGUGGUGAGCGUAUCCAACCCGAAAAAACGCAAGUCGGACGAUCGGGAGUUAGCCUCUCCCACUGAACAGAUUUGGAAGAAGUCGCGGACUGAGGUUUCCCCCACAAACUCGACAGCCGUUGCGCACAGCUCCACUCCAGUCCGUUACAGUACUUCGUCGUCGUAUUCACCGCCCUCUCGUGAUCCUAUCAGCAUCCUCCAGCCGCCCUCACCACCAAGUCGUUAUCCCAACACUAACGGCUACGCUGCACGCCCCGCUGCGCCGACGUACGCACCGAGCGCAUAUAUCCCCCCUGGUGGCGCGCCUGUGCCUGCGCGGCAGUCUGCGGCGCCGCUUUAUGCAACAUCGCCCCCUUAUCUCGGUCAGCCUAAUGGUUCACCUUCGUCUUCAGGCUGGAGAACAUAG